AUGUAUGAUGCAGAGCAUGGCGACAAUUACUUCAACGAAAGCUCGUUUUCGGAGAAGAAUGUGCGGCUGGGUUUCAUACGGAAGGUGUAUGCAAUCUUGUUUAUACAAAUUGGCAUCACUGCAGCAAUGAUAUCCCUCUUCCUUUUUGUGGAUGAAGUCAAACACUACUCGAACUCAAAUCCUUGGAUGUGGAUUUUGGCCUUUGUGCUCACAUUCGUCAUUCUGAUAGUUUUAGCAUGUUGCCCUGAUUUCAGAAGACAGUCGCCCAUUAACAUGAUUUUGCUUAUGGCAUUUACUUUGUGCGAAGGCUUUCUGCUGGGAGCUGUGUCCAGCCACUAUGGAAGAGAUGAAGUGCUCAUGGCCGUUGGCAUUACAGCCCUCGUAGCCUUGGCACUGACAAUCUUUGCAUUCCAGACUAGAUGGGACUUCACCAUGAUGGGUGGUAUGCUGUUUGUUCUGGUGAUUGUCCUCAUCUGCUUCGGACUUUUGUGUGCAAUUAUCCCCAGCAGGGUUUUGAACAUUGUGUAUGCUUCAAUUGGUGCUCUCAUCUUUUCAGCGUACCUGGUUGUUGACACACAGCUGAUGUUGGGAGGCAAACAUCAGUACUCCCUGUCUCCAGAGGAAUACAUCUUUGCAGCUCUCAACCUGUACCUGGACAUUGUCAACCUUUUCAUCUUCAUUUUAUCCAUCAUAGGGAGCUCCAGAGACUAA